UAUAUAUAUAUAUAUAUAUAUAUAUACAUACACACACACACACACACAUAUAUAUAUAUAUAUACGUUAACCGUGUGGCUAUUGGUGUCGAAUACACGGGCUCCUUUAGAAAAGAAACAAUUUGCUGUUUGUCACGAGAAAAGGAAUGUAUAAAGAACAUUACAAGUCAAACGAAUAUAUCAAUAUCGCCAUUAAGUGUUGCAACAAGUGACCAUACUGCCAUCCUUUCGGUGAAGUACAACCUUAAAAAAAUAAUAAUAAUACAAAUAAUUAUAAUAAAUAAGAAUUAUUAUAGUACAUGUAAGCCCCGUGUGAGAACAGGGGAAGCUCAUUUGAAGCUGAUAAAAAAAUAACAAAAAAAGCUGAAAAUACGAGCGUAACAAGAAAUCGAGUCCAACCAAGUACAAGGGGAUUUAAGGAGACAGUAGAAUCUUUUGGUGAGACAAGGUACGGUCUACAUACCCAGCAGGUCGCGUUUCCCGCAGGCAGCGACGUAAACCUGUGGUCCUAUUUCUGUCAGCCACAAGCUUUCUUCGACACCUUCUUGUUUUGUCCCGCUGAAUAAUUACAAGCGGGCGGCUAUUCUCAUUAUCUCUCAUACUGUUUGCUAUCUGUGAUCGUAAUCCAUAAGUGCAUUUCCUCUACAGUACUGGUGAUCAUUGCCGUUUCGUAGUAGUGCUACUGCUAUUACCAUCGUAAAACCGCCGUGGAAGAACAUUUCAUCAUAAGUAAGAAAACUAAGUACUCCGAUCGUUCCGUCAUUAUAUUGUUAUCGCACGCGUCGACGUACAAUCUCACUCUGAAAAGUGAAUUUUGCGGCGAUAUUAAGUUACGUUUCGGGAAGAAAGAAAAAAGCCAACGUCUACGAGGGACUUAACUGGCUGUUAUUAAUAUACAUCACACGCAAGGUGCUGAAAAUUGGUCUACGUGUUCUAGUUGUGGUGCGUCUGUUGGAGCGCAACUGAAAGACUGACAGCUUUAUAACCCACGGAAGCUCCAUGACGACCAAGGUAGCCGCCAUGGCCUCUGAAGAGCUUCAGGUCCCUGCUGGGGGCACACAGUCUCAGCAUCAGCAUGCCAGCAACAACAAUAAUAAUAACAAUACAGGCAGCAGCACAAACAAACAUCAGAAUGGUAAACCGCCUCGAAAAGACACUGGUAACUCGGGGUCAGGCGGUAGUAAGGCGCACAACGCCGGCGACGCCGGUGGGGGCGGCGGAGGAGGAGGAGGCGGCGGCGGAAAUCAGCGAAAAGACCGACGAAGAAACCGGCCCGAACGGCCUUCAUCUCGUGCGAGUGAAGCUAGCGACCGAGGGGACCAGACAGUAGGAGGUAACAAAAAUGAUCACCACCAUAACCGAGACCACCAUCACCAUGCCCAUUAUCAUCAGCAAUCUCAUCAAAGCCAUCCUGGCAACAGAGAUUCCAACACGACGUCAGCUGCUGGGAAAGAGCUGCGGACAGAUGACGACACGACGACGAUACCGCAGCAGCAGCAGCAUACGUUCGUGUGUGCACCCCCACCACUUGUUAAUCCGUGGACCAAGAACCGCAACGCCGCUCAAGUGAUCGCUCAGCGCCAACAAUUAGCCCAACAGCAGCAGCAACAGCAGCAGCAGCAACAGCAGCAGCAGCAGCAGCAGCAGCAACAGUCGUCAGCGCAACAAUCGGUGCAACAGCAGCAGCAACAACAAGCAAUUUAUAGUACACCUUUGGCUGCUGUUGGUGCCGGUGGAUUCCCUGACGCGUUGCGUGGCGCCUCGACGGCGUCGACGUCAACCGGCGCCAGUCAUCCCGUUACGAGUGCCAACUCGAAAGAGAACAAUACCGCCUCGGGCGCUAGUGCAAAUCCGCCACAAAUCAAUCAGUCACAGCAGCAGCAAGAAGCCCAACAAAGUAUCGGUGUCAAUAUCAGCUUACCUCAGAGUGGUACCAGUAGCAGUAACAACAACAGCGGAAACGGCAAUCAGAGUAGCAGUAAUAAUAAUAACAAAUCGAUAGGAGGCAUCAACAACAAUGCCAACGGUAACACGGGUUCGAAUCGAAGAAUAGCAUCGGCGACAACGCACCAACAGCAACAAACAAGCGGCCAUCAGGGAACUACUACUGCUUUACAGUCGAUUGACGCAAAAUCAUCCUCUCAGAAAGCUUUCCUUGCCUCGAACAGCCAUAUCUCCGGCGAUUAUAACAGGUUGGAAUGUAAUGGAUAUUCUGAAGUUGCCAGCCACGAUAAUGUUUACAAUAUUAACGAGGACAACAGUGUUGGUGUCCAUCGGAGCAGUCAGCAUAGCAGCAGCCCAGGAGGCAGCCGAGGGGGCGUGGUCGUGUCGCAGGGCGUGAACACUUCGACGUCGGCGAUGUCGGAGUGGCCGACUCUCGGCGAAGUCGUGGCCGAUGAGCCACUUAGCAGCAAUCCUGCCUCUUCAAACGGUAGUGUUGUGGCGUCUCCGAAGUCGGGAAGCAGCAGGGAGACCAGAGGGUCACGCAGUGAGAAGGCCCCCGAUCGAGGUGAUCGGGGCGGCGAUCGGGGUAACGGGGAUCACGAUAUGAGCAGCCACGACUCGGCCGGCCUCCGGAAUAGCUGUGCUAGUGGGGGCGGCAGUAACACAAAGGGCCUUCAAGGAGGAGGAACGUCCCAUGGUUCAGCGCACGGAGGAAACGUGACGCACACAGCUAGCGCUGCUGGAAGCAACGUCAACUCGGCAAGCAGCGCGAACUCAGCCAGUAGUCACAACAACAUUGGAGGGAAUAACAACGGAGCUGGGGGCAACAAUAGCAGCUUUUCUGUCAACAAGAAGAAGGGUGCCAAGCCAAAGUGGGUGCCUCUGGCUAUCGAGCCGGUUAGUGGAAGUCGGGGAGGCAAAGAGUCCAGGCGAGAGGGGGGCUACCGGGGUGACAGAAGCGAACGGGGUGACAGGACCGAACGAGGGAUGGGUUCGGGACAUAAAAAUGUCCACGGUAGUGCGCACAAUCACCCUCACGGUGGUCAUCAUAAUACCGCACAAAACCAGUCAAAUAGCCAAGCCGGCAACAAUUACGGCACCGCUUUUAGUCACGGAGGAAACCAGUCUGGCGUUGCCGGAAGCGUCCAGUCAAGCAGCAGCAGCAGCGGGUCGCAAGCCCAGCCGCAGCAACAAGCGGGUGCUAACCUCGGUAGUAAUAAUCGACAGCAGCCACAACAUGGUAGCUGGCAAGCAACGAACGGUGCGUCGCCUCUACCAGGUGCUGGAUCUUUGAAUCAAGCGGCACUCGGAUCGGCUAUCACCGGUGGAAAUCUGAUGAAUGGAGGAGGAUCCAGUGGAAACGGUGGACACAUGGCUGGCGUAAAUCAGCAACGGGAGUCGUCAGGACGGGGAGCUGUUUCAGGUCCUCGGACAGGUUACCGAGGUCGAGGCCGUGGCAGAGGCGGUAGAUCCUCUCAAGGGGUAUGGGUUCGGGGACCCGCCAUCGCCGCUCAAGGAGGCGUUAUCGUUCCUCCCGGAGGCCAACAACAGUCGCCUGCGGAGAAUCUUGAAGUUUCGCCGAGUUUCCUGGUGCCGAUCAUACCUCCGCGUUUACCUUUAACUCCAUCGCCACCUCCAACUGGACAGUUCAUUGCUGCAGCUCCCCUAGGUGGCGCCGUUGUUGUUGCGGGAGGAGCCGCGGCCCCGAACGGCCCAGCGCCAUCGCCAAUCGCUCAAGUGCCUGGUGCAAGAUAUGGAUUUCUCGGUGCAUCUUAUCUCAUGGACGAAGCAACGCUCAAGGAGUACAUUCGCAAGCAGGUCGAGUACUAUUUCAGUGAAGAAAACUUGCAGAGAGAUUUCUUCCUUCGUCGUAAAAUGGAUCCUGAAGGAUUCCUGCCAGUAAGUCUGAUUGCAGGCUUUCACAGGAUACAGGCUCUCACCCAAGAUAUCAGCCUCUUCAUAAAGGCGGUGAAGGAGUCGACCCAACUUGAGCUCAGGGAUGAUGUUAAGUUGCGGACGCGCGAUCGGCCAACGUUUUGGCCUCUACCUGACGUAUCAAACGGGGCAUCACCGUCACCUCCACAAAUGGUACCUGCCAAUGCAAGCGCAGCGGCCGUCGUGCCGGGACAAGUCGUCCAGGGACAGCAAGAUCCAGCGCAACCGCAAGCAGCCACUGCCUCCCCCGUCGUAGUCAACGAAUCAGACAUGCCUAAGGAAAACGAUGAUGUGGAUACAGAGAACAAGGAUUCUAGAGAUACUGAUGAAGCUCGGGAAGACUGGACUGAAGUUAGGAAAGAACGCCGCAGCCGUGAUAAAAGUCGGUCCAAAGAACCAACGCCCGCACUUGACGAAGCGAAAAGUCCCAACGCCUCGCAGAAUCCACCAAUGGAAGAUGAGAAGGAAGAAUUGGAAUUUCAACUCGAUGAAGAUCUCGCUCAUGAAGGAGGCCGUUGCAAUCGUUUUACCGAAGACUGGAAUUCAGAUGAAGAAGCACAAGACGACUAUGAAAUCAACGACGAAGAAAUAUCCAAAAUUAUCAUCGUUAUGCAGACACCCCCGGUGGGUCGCGCAAAGAAACACGAGGGGUUUGACCGCACAGCCAACUUCACUUCUAGAACGAAGAUGACCCAGGAAUUAGCGCAGGUGAUCAAUGACGGGCUAUAUUAUUACGAAGAAGACCUCUGGAACAACAUUUAUCAUCACGAGAAUAUGCAAUACAAGUAUGUAUCUUCAGCCGUUGACGAGAACGAGAAUGAUACCCUCGCUGACCUCACACCCCUUAAGCGGAAAGCAGUUCCCCCUGCCAACGUCAAAACAACUGUCGAACUCGUCGAAAGGGAUCAAGAGGAUUCAAAAAAAAGCGGCAAGGCAAAUGGACAAGCGCCGCCUCCGCCGCCGCCGCCCUAUGCGCUUACUCAGGAUCCAUUUGAAGUUGGGAGCAUUGUAAAAACUCAGCCAGCUGCCGCGCCGAUUUCGACACCUAGAAGCACGCGGGCACCAAUGACACCUGGCCGAACGCCUCGGUUCUGUAAGGAUCCGAGCGUCGUGCCACGUUUUUACCCGGUAGUUAAAGAUAAAACAACCGAGCCGGUUGAUCAGAAAACUCCACGAAAACAAAAGACUCGACAUGGUGAAAACCCUCCAGAAGAGUUUCAUGUUGGCUGGAUUCUUGACACAAAGGAACAUGACGAUCAUUCUUCGCGUAGGGGUAGCUUCUCCCAGGAACUCCGAACAGAAAUACCAAAAGUUCCACUGGCUUCCAGUUAUGGUUCAAUACCAAACUCACUUCCAAAGUUUGAGCAUCCAUCGCACGCUCUACUCAAAGACAAUGGCUUCACCCAGCAGGCCUAUCACCGGUUCAAAAGCAAGAGUCUCAAAGAACGCAAGAGGCUUGGAAUCGGCCAGAGUCUUGAAAUGAAUACUUUAUUCCGCUUCUGGUCGUACUUCCUACGUGACCACUUUAACCGCAACAUGUACAACGAAUUCAGGCGCAUCGCCAAGGAGGAUGCCCAGUACGGUUACAGAUAUGGUCUUGAGUGCCUCUUCCGUAUGUACUCAUACGGCUUGGAGAAGCACUACCGACCAGACCUGUACGCAGAUUUCCAAGAAGAAGUUGCCUGUGAUGCUGAAGAUAACCAGCUUUACGGCCUCGAGAAAUUCUGGGCUUUCCGCAAAUUUUAUAGGGAUUCGCAUCUUCUCCAGGUUGAUCCGCGCUUGGAGUCCUAUUUGAAAAAGUACAGAACCCUGGAUGAUUUUAAGGUUCCGCCGGAAGAGUACGAAAAGAUGCAAGCGGUACUUGAGCGUCGGCGACAAGACGCGGCGAAGCAGCAUCAGCAACAGCGGGCCGCUGAAACUGGAAGAAAACGAACCUCUUCGAUCACUAGCAUUGUGAGCCAACGACGAGAAGACCACGAACGAAAAAGGACAACAUCAUCUUCUUCACGUAGCGGAGGGUACUGUGGCUCGAACAAGCCGGCGACCUCGCAAGCCCAGGCGUCUCAGCAAAAAUUCAAGUGAUGUCAGCGAUAUAUAAAUGAUGCGCGUGAAGCUCAACUUGAUCAUGGACCAGCAGUAAAAGCUGUUUUGCCACAGGGACUCGGUGAGACAUAGCGAAAACGGUCGAUAGAACGCGACCCGCUCUAGCCGCAGAGUGAGGACUUGGUUGAGACUCCUGGACGGUCAGAUUGCGAAAAGCAUUAAAGAGUGUAAAUUAAUGAUACAUGGUUGUAGGACAAAGCUAACGAAGUCGUGGGACGAUAUGUGUGCUUGCGUGUAUAUGCACGAUAUGCGUGAUUGCAUGAGCAUAGAUGUCAGUGUCUGAGUAAAGAAGGUACGUGUAAGGAGUGAAAACGUUAAAUGAAAUCAUUGGUCUCAACCGGUUGCGUCAAGCGGGGAGGUGACGGCAUAUGCUAGCAGAAGUCGCUUCACCGUUUCGCCCUGUUGAACAGCUGAUUGAUUGUAGAAACAGUGAUGUCACAUGCAGCUAUCGGUUUGCUUUGUACAAUUAAAGAUUGCAGUGGCUUAUGCGAGUUACCAACUGUAACAAGCCCCGCAGAAAGGGAGGGAUGAAGUGAUAUGAUCACAGCUAGGCUCCAUGUGGGAACAAAAACAAAACAGAACACAAUACGCCGGGAAAAAUAUGGAUCGAAAUGUACGGGUCUACGCAUAUAAGCGGAGAGAAAGAAAGAUCACUAUUGAAAAAAACGGCAGUGCAAGCAGAUCGACGCCAGCUACGAGCGGCGCGUGGAAAACCAGACGACGAUAUCUUAUCGUAAAAUCGUGAGGUAAUAGUAUAGACAAAUGCGAUUGUAUUACAAUGGAUAAGCUGAACGACGUGUAUAAGAUAAGAUGGGGUAAUGAACCAGACUGAAAAAACACAGCGCGCUGUGCGGGCGAGGCGUUUUUUGCAAGUAAAUCGCGUGUGCUACUUGACUUGUGGUAAUAGCUGUAGUAUUGCGUCGUUCGUUGCGAGACGAAAGUUAAUGAUGAUCCUUAUUGGUCCUUUUUUUUGGAUUUUGGACAUUGGAGUUUGACUGUCGGAAAGAAAAGAACAAAUGCUCGGAUGCUUGCGGCAACGACUGAGACGUAAAUAAAUAUCCAUACAAUUAUUUUACUGAAAGGUUAUGGUACAUUAAUGCAUAACUAUUUAAUGAAAUAGCUUAACUAUGAAUGACGAUACACAACAAAUACAAAUACAUGAAAUGAGCCUUAGUAGACAUGUUAUAUAGAUGCAAUGAAUAAGCCUAAGAAACAAAAAAACGCGAAAAAAACAUUUACAUUUAAUGAUUAUGAUGCUGAUGACAAUAUGUACGCACUCGCAUUACUAUUUUACCCACCCGAGCUCCUCUCUAAUUAAUAAUGAAUUGAAAAAUUACGAGUGACUGAUAUCGAUCUACGGAAACGAGUGUCUAGUGAUAGUAACACUUGUAGUAAGAAAUUAUAACAAUAACCGUAAUUCUAUUGAUAUAUCUAGGGUGACCUGAAAUACGUUUGGACCGAUAUCGUAGUAGGUAUACUAUUUUGGUGUCAACUUAGUCUUUUCGGCCAGUACGACUUCUACAAGUGUGAUUCGAUUAAGGACCAAUCGGUAAACGGAACAUCGAUGGCGAAAGUGUUUUUUCUUGUUAAUUUUUUUUUAAUUUGGCCAUGAUCACGGGUACGCGGGAUUGCAUCGAAGGUUUCAUUCGAUCACGUCUAAUUAUGAAUCGCUCGCGAAGUGACGAAAACGAAAUUAACAGCUUGCGGUAAUGUUCUCGUCGCAAACAUUUCCUA